CGGGGCUAUUGUUAGAGACACCCACUCCGGCGACAAAAACAUUGCGUCAUCCUCGCGCGUCCUGGGAAACAUGGCUGCCGGAGAUCUGAGAGAUAACCUGCUGGGCAUCUCGUGGGUGGACAGUGGGUGGGUGCCCAUCCUGAACCCCGGCAAUGUUCUCGACUACUUCUCUGAACGAAGCAACCCUUUCUACGACCGAACAUGCAACAACGAGAUGGUGAAGAUGCAGAGGCUGACUCUGGACCACCUGAAUCAGAUGGUUGGAGUGGAAUAUAUCCUACUUCACGCUCAGGAGCCAAUCCUGUACAUUGUCAGAAAACAGCAGAGGCAGUCGCCCACACAAGUCAUACCUCUGGCUGAUUAUUAUAUUAUAGCUGGAGUAGUGUACCAGGCACCAGACCUGGGAUCAGUCAUCAGCUCCAGAGUGUUGUCUGCGGUGCAUGGUAUCCAGUCAGCAUUUGAUGAGGCCAUGUCCUUCUGCCGCUAUCACCCCUCUAAAGGCUACUGGUGGCAUUUUAAAGACCAGGAAGAACGAGAGAAAGUAAAGCCCAAAUCUAAGAAGAAAGAAGAGCCCAGCUCACUGUUCCAGAGGCAGAGAGUGGAUGCGUUACUGCUGGACCUGCGCAACAAGUUCCCACCAAUGUUCUAUCAGCCUAAACCCGGAGAAAAGCCAAUUCCAGUGGAGGUAAAGAAGGAACCAGAGCUGCUGGCAGAACCCACUAAACAAGAGGAACGAGAGACGGCCACAAAAACUCCAGCACCAUCCGGACCCAGUAAACCACCACCAGAAAAACGAGCCAGGCUUCAAUAACACACACACACACACACACACACACACUGCUGAUAAUAGGCCAUGUUUUGGCCUUAUUAACACACAAUUCACAAGGACUACUUAUCAUUUCUCUCCAACAUUAUUUGUUUGUUUUAUUUCUUUUUUCCUCAUGUUGAACGUUUAUCAUGUAAAUAGGUGCCACUUUUGUUUGUUUUUGUACACAGUAGACUUUUGUAAUAGGUCUGUUUAUUGAUUACAAAAGAAUUGUAAUAAAAAUACUGAACAUGUAA